AACUUCCAAAAAUUAAUUCUCCUAAUCUUCUUCUUCCAGUUUACCAGUUUGUUCGUCGUCUCUGGUCUGGAAAGCUGAAGAGGAGCUUCUAAUCUAUUUAUGCUCGAUAACGAAAUCGGCAGCCGAUUAGAACCAGAGAUGCAACAAGGAGAUUACAAUUCCUUCUACCCAUACCCACCUCAUCUGCAAAACCCUAAUCCCAAUCCCAAUCCCAAUCCUAAUCCUCCUUUAAACGAUCACCACCAAACUUCAUACGCAUCAGCUCCUCCGUUCACCACCGCUUACGCCGCCUCUGAUUACCCCGGUUAUCCCCCCAAUUACCCUCCCUAUACUCAAAAUCCCUAUUCCGUCCCUCCUCCCACAGCUCCCUCAUACAAUCCACUGCCGCCGUCUCCUCCCCCUCCUCCUCCUCCGGCUACGACAGCAGCUCCGAACCCUAAUAGUUUGCAAUCUUCCUUUAACUCGCCACCGCAACCUCCUCAACCUUCUUUCCCUCCCUAUGAUUCCAAUGGGCCCUACCAGCCAACAACCACUCAGCAAUCCUAUUAUCCGCCUUACGAUAAGACGGCUUCCAGUUAUGCUCCUCCGCCAUCUUCCUCUUCAUCAAUCCCGCCGAAUUCUAACCCCAGUGUCAAUCCGCCAUACUCCUCCAUUUACACUGCCCCGCCCUAUAAUAAUCCUAUAGGAUCGUCUGUCCCUCCUGCAUAUGAGAAUCCAUAUGAGAAUUCGUUGAAAUUUGAUCAAAGCGUCAGCUAUUUUGAUGAUAAGUAUGGAGGUUAUACACGGAGCGGAUCUGAUUUGGGGCCGGAUCCAUAUGGGAAGCGGCCAGAGAGCAGGUACGAUAUCGGUCGCAAUGAUGGGUAUGGGGAUGGGGUUUAUGCCUAUGAAGGAGGUAAGGUGGAGCCAUACGGGGCCAGGGGCACUGCGCCAAAAUCAUCAACUUGGGCUGGGUUUGACGAUUAUGGCAGAGCUAUUAGCUUUCCUUCUGGGAAGGACUCAUCAGUUGGUUCGGGAUCAGUUAAGAUUGUGCGAGCGGUACCAAAGGCAGAAACGCAGCAGGAUGUUAAGAGUGGGGUCCAAAAGUUCAGGGUUAAGCUGCUGGCUGAAAGCGGAGGCCAGAGCACCAUGGAUGUACUUUGCCAGAUUGGCUUGGAUGGUAUUCGUAUGCUUGAUCCUAGUACCGGCCGGACAUUGAGAAUAUAUCCUCUUGAGAACAUAACAAGAUGCGAUGUAACUGAUUCAUCUACCUUUGCAUUCUGGUCCAAGAGCGCUGUGGAUAUUGAACCAAGACGUAUAAGAUUACAAUCAAAUAGUUACACUACCAAUACACUUCUUGACAUAGUGACAGCAGCAACUGUGCAGCUCAAGGAGAUGGGUGGGAGCAGGAGGCCAACUGAAUCUUCAAAGAUGCCUGAGCAGCCAACUGAGAAGAAAAAGGGGUUUGUUGAUUGGAUGAACUUGAUAAAACCUGGCAAUGAGGAGAAAGAUCAUUGGGUCCCUGAUGAAGCCGUUUCAAAGUGUACAGCGUGUGGGACAGAUUUUGGGGCUUUUGUGCGCAGGCAUCACUGCAGAAACUGUGGAGACAUUUUUUGUGACAAGUGUACACAUGGGAGAAUUGCUCUUACUGCUGAUGAGAAUGCUCAGCCUGUUAGAGUUUGUGACCGAUGCAUGGCGGAAGUGACUCAGAGGCUGAGUAAUGCAAAGGAAGCAGCCAGUAAACCUGCAGGAUUGCAGUCUCAUGAGGAUCUUGCAAGGAAGCUUCAGGAGGAAAUGGAGAAAAAUCGCAAAGCAUCAUCAGGAUCCAAGUCAGAUGGAUCUGGGAGGAGGAUGAGGGAAGUUGCUUGUCCUACGUGCACUGUCCAUUUGCAGGUCCAAGUUCCCAGCUCGGGUUCUGAAACUAUUGAAUGUGGAGUAUGUCAACAUCCAUUUCAAAUCAGUGCUUAUUGAUUUUGCAUAUAGGUUCAUGAGCAGUGAAGGCGCCUAUCCUGAAGUCUCUGGCUGGGAAAAAAAAAACAUAAAAAGUUAGUCCAAUGUAGGGCGAGAUGAUCCUAGUUGAGGAUAUAACUGAAAUGAAGUUGUCAAACAGGCAUCAGAGUUGUACAUGGUUUAAUUAUUUGCUCAUUUUGAUUCACAAUAUGCGCUGUGAAAAUGCUGCUUGGAAGUUUCUAUGGGUUUGUGAUUUUGAAUCAUGAGUUUGUGGUUUGUCUUUUGCUUGUUUAUAAUCAAAUAAAAAGAUUUAUUA